UUCAAGUGUUAUUUUAAACUGGGAGGACAAGCUGGGAAAAUCUUACAUAGGAAUGAACUUGCAGUCGACAAAACUAAAAAGAAGAAAAGAAGAGAACUGACUGAGGAACAGAAGCAAGAAAUUAAAGAUGCCUUUGAGUUGUUUGAUACAGACAAAGACAGAGCAAUAAAUUAUCAUGAAUUAAAGGUGGCAAUGAGAGCCUUGGGUUUUGAUGUGAAAAAAGCUGAUGUUCUGAAAAUACUUAAAGAUUAUGAUCGAGAAGCGACAGGCAAGAUCACCUUUGAAGAUUUUAAUGAAGUUGUGACAGACUGGAUAUUGGAUAGAGACCCACAAGAAGAAAUACUCAAGGCAUUCAAAUUGUUUGAUGAUGAUGACUCUGGUAAAAUAAGUCUGAGAAACCUGCGCCGGGUUGCUAGAGAACUGGGUGAAAAUAUGUCUGAUGAAGAACUACGGGCUAUGAUUGAAGAAUUUGAUAAGGAUGGAGAUGGAGAAAUCAAUCAAGAAGAGUUCAUUGCUAUUAUGACUGGAGAUAUUUAGCAUCAGAAGAAGUGGACUCGGCACAAAAGAGAGGCAUCGUGGGGAGCUUCCAUUACAAUAUUUUGUACUUCCAUUCAUUUCUGUAGCUAGAGUAAUGCAGAACAUUACUUUCCUUAUAGGACCAAAAUACAGACAGAUUAUAUGAAUUGAUAGUUCAGUAUUUUGUACCAUUAGAUAUUAUCACUAGAAUAAUUGAUAUAUCAUUUUAGAACAAGUAAGUAAUGCUGCAUUUCAGAAUGUUCAAGUACUUAUUUGUAAAAUAGCUUUGUAUAGCAUUUUUAAAUUGUAUCAUAUUUUAAGAACCUUUUGAGGUUGACUUUGUGUUAGCAUUAGCUGUGGCCUUAGUUUUGAUACAUAAGGUUUGACAAACUUCCAUUUUAAUAAAAUGUUCUUUGAUACU